AUGAACGAUAACUUUAUAGAUGAAGAAAAUGAAGGCAAUAUUUAGGAUGACAGAAAAAAACAUUACAACUAAUUAUUAAGUACAUGUUAGAAAGUUUCAAUUGGAUGUUUGUCUAUAAGUGGAUUGGCUAUCUUUAUUUUAUCAUUUUUUAUUCCGUCCAUUGUUGAAAAUGUGAUUAAUGGUAAAGUACCAGAUUAAGUGAUUCUGACAGAGUCAAAUAGUGGAUUAUGGGCAAAGCUACCAGGUGAUUCUUAAGUUGAUUUAAUGAGAGUAUUAACAGUCUAUGAACCAACAAAUUUACUUGACGUCAUUUUUCGUGGGUAAAAACCUUAAUUUAUAGAACAUGAAAAAGUUUACUCACUAAUUCAAGUGCAAGAAUUUACUAAUAGGACAUAUUCAGAAGAUGGUAAGGAAGUAACUUGUAAUAGAUAUGUAACGUUUUAAGAAAAAAAUGCAGAAGAAGGUACAAAAGAAUACUAAGUAUUAAAUCCAGGAUUAUUUGGAAGUUGGUAUUUAGGUACUCAUUUACCAUAACCAAAAUUAACUUGGAUGACUAUAGGAUAAGUUAUGUAUAAUCUGUAGGAAUAAUUAGUGUUAAAUAUUUAUUAUUAAGGGUUUCAUUAUCAAUUUGUAAAAGAUGAAGCAUCAUGUCAUGCAUUAUUGAAAAUGAUAACUGAUGAAUAAAAAAGAAAGGAUAUGUUUUAUGAUAAUUUCAUGGGAUUAGGUAAUCCUGACACUAUGGAAAAUUGGGUUCGUUUAGGUUUGGAAGGACAUGACUUUGGACCUGCAGGUUAAUUACUAAAGGAUUACUUCGAUCUAAAUUAAGAACUUGUAAAUGAUAUUCGUAAAGCAAUAAGUUAACAAAUUAAAGCCAUUAAUGUAUCUGCAAUGGCUAAUAGUUAUAAAUGUAAUCCAUAUGGAUAAGAACCAGAUUAAAAGAAAUAUAAAUAUGAUUGCACUGGUAAAUAUUUUACUGCUUUAUAAUGGUAAUCAAGUGGAAUAUCAGCUAAUCCUCCUCCAGGUUUAGGAAUAUUACCUACAGAUUCUGUCAACUUUACAAAUAAUACAUUACAUGAUUAUAUAGAAAUUGCAUACUAUUAUAAAGGAGGAGAAUUUGACACAGAUUAUGGAGAAAUUACAUUUGAUUUAGAUUGGGCAUAUUAAUUCUUAAAUAGAAAUUAUGAUUAUCCUAAUGGUGAUUAUCUUAAAGAUCAAAAUAUCUUAUAACAUAAAGGAAAUGUUGAAUUUAUUUAUGAAAUAGGUGCUAAAUUUGAUAAAAGUAAAAAUUUAGAAGACUUAAAACCAAUACAAGAAAGAUUUUAAAUGAAAUCAUUAGAAUAGGCACAUGUAGUAUAUAGAUGGGUAUAAUAAAUGGGUGUCAAUUUUUCUUAUAGAAGAAAUUUAGGUGGUAAACUUGAACAUGGUGGUAUUGGUAUGUUUGCUAGUGAAUCAAUAUAUUAUCACUUUAGGAAUGUUAGUGAAUAUUUAUUACCUUAUUUAAUAAGUUCAGAAAUGAUAUAUAAAUAGAAAUGGAAAGAUUGUAAAACUAUGUUCAAAUAAAGUAUUGGAAAUAUAGAUGAAAAAUAGGCUGAAUCAAUUUGUAAAAGUAUGGGAUAUUAAUUAAAUAUUAAUCAUUUCAUGACUAUAUAAUAAUUAUGUAUAUUUGGAGUUUAUGGAUCUUAAUUGUAAGAAUUUGGAAAGAAUCAUUCAUUAAGUUAAAAUUAAAUUUUUGAGAUUUGUUCAGAUAAAGGUUCUACUGAUCAAUCAUUUUAAGAUGUUAUUCAAAUUGUACAUACAGAAUUGAAGGAAAAAUACAAAUGUUAAUUUACUCAUUGUUCUAAAUAAGAAUUAGCAAUCAAAUAAUUUGCUAGAUGUGAAAUUACAUUAAAUCCACCUCCAUCUUUAAUUAAAUAAAAGAGUAUUCAUUAUUGGAACAAAAAGUAAUUCCCUCGUCCUUUUGAAUAUGGCUAUUUUAUAACAGAAUUCAAAGAUAUAUUUACUAAAGAACCACCAUAAAUGACAGAUUUUUAAGCUAAAAAAUUAUUACAUUUUAAAGGUAUAUUCAAUCCUUUAGCUGUCACUUCAGCAUUUAUUUAUGAAAAAAAUCAUCCAGAAUUUUAUUUGAAAUUUAUAGAUAUCUAUUAAGUAAGAGAAUAUGAACAUUUAACAUAAUAUUUACGUUUUGCUGCUAUUCAAGGAGUAAUGGGUGGAAUGUCAACUACUAAAACUCCUAAAGAAUUAUUUUUUGGUUAUUCUGAAUCUUUAGGAGAGGAAUUAAAAAAUAGUGAUCCAGCUGGAAAUGGUGAUCCAGCUACAAAUUCAUGGGUUAUGAUGGGAGAUCCAAAUAUGACAAUAGCAGACAGUUAUAAUUAUCCAUAAGUAUUAUACACAGGCAAAGAUAAUUUAACAAUGACAAGAUAUAUAAAGUCUAUGAAUAAAUAUGAUUAUGCAAUUGUAAUAAUAUUUAAUAAUAAAUAUAGUACAAUUAUUCAUAUUUUGAUGGGAAUAAGACAGUUACUAAAUGGGAUAAUCCAUGGAAUGAAAAAGAAUAUAUUACUUCAUCAACUGAUGGUAUUACUUUUAAACCGUAUUUAAAAUAAGAAGAUGUAAUUAGACUCUAUGUUCCUUAGAUAUAUCGAGUGUGUAAUAAUAAAUUAUAAUGAUAUAUUAUAGUGGAAAUGAAGUCUAUUUCUGAUGGUCCAAAAAUAUAUGGGUUAGAUACUAUUCAUUUUGAAUUAGAUUUGGAUAAUCUCAAUAUUAAUCAAAAAUAUAAUAAUUAAUGGAAUGGAACAAUUAAUAUGGAAAAACCAUUCAAUGCUCCAGCUGUUGUAUCAUUGCCUCAUUUCUAUAAAAGUAAUAGUAAUCUUUCAGAUCUCAUAACAAUUAAAAAUAAGGAUGGACAUGUGAUAAAUGCUUCUGAUUAUGAUAAGAUUUAUGCCAAUAUUGAAAAAUACUCUGGUGCUCCAUUACAAGCAGUCAUAUAAUUGAUGAUUUCAAUGAAAAUUCAAAAAGAUGAAUUGUUUAUAAAUGUUAAAGAAGACAUGGUGUUACCUUUAAUCACACUAUAUAAUUCAGGCAAUUUCACUGAAAAAGGUGUUAAAGCAAAUUUUGGAGAACUAAAAACUGGACUUUCUACAAUUAAUUGGGGAUGGUAUUUAAUAAUGAGUGUUGGAAUAAUUAUGAUUUUGGGUGCAAUUCUUAUUGUAGUGAUAGCCAAAUAUAAAAAAUAGAAAGUAGAUUCAGUCUAUAGUGAACAAUGA